CUGAGGGCACUACAAGUUAGCAGCGCUUGUGUGGCAGUGCGGCUGCGCAGUGUCCCCUGUGCCACGUACAGGUCGACGUCGACAACCCCAGAGACUUCCGGAUGUGCAGCAGCGGCUCAGUGCUUUAACUGCGGGUGCGAGGUUUUCACGGAGUCGGUCCUGCCUUCACAACCGAAGUUACUGCGGGGUCGAGUCCACUGGAGUGUCAGUAUGAAUGGGCAGCUGGACUUGAGUGGGAAGCUGAUCAUCAAGGCCCAGUUGGGCGAUGACAUCAGACGGAUCCCCAUCCACAAUGAGGACAUCACGUACGACGAGCUGCUGCUCAUGAUGCAACGUGUCUUCAGGGGGCAGCUCCAGAGCAGCGACGAGGUCACCAUCAAGUACAAGGACGAAGAUGAUGAUCUCAUCACCAUAUUCGACAGCUCUGAUCUCUCCUUUGCCAUCCAGUGUAGCAGAAUACUCAAACUCACCCUGUUCGUGAAUGGGCAGCCGCGGCCACUGGACUCCUGUCAAGUGAAGUACCUGCGUAAGGAGCUGAUUGGUCUGAGGAACAAAGUCAACAGCUUAUUGGACAGCCUGGAACCUCCCACAGAGCCUCCCGCAGAGAUACCGAUCCAUGAGAGCGAGUAUGUGGGUGAUAAGGUGACAGUGGAGCCGGUGAAGGCCCCGGUGAGUGCAGCCAGCAUGUCUGCGUUCGACCCGCUCAAGAACCAGGAUGAAGUCAGCAAGAACGUCAUCUCUGCCUUCGGCCUGUCUGAGGAGCCCAGCGCAGCUCCUGUUGCAGCUCUUCAAGAGGAACGUUCUGGAACUCCUGACAGCAUCAACUCCGCCUCCUCAGCCCUCCCACCUGCUGUGGCCCCCCAGGCCCCCGCAUCCUACGCACAGCAGGCAGUGGACGGUCAGAUGUAUCAGCAGUAUCAGGCUCCAGGUGGAUACCCCCCUCAGCAGCCGGCAGCCCCCCAGCAGCAGUACGGCAUGCAGUAUACCACAGGUUAUACUCCCCAGCAGCAGCAGCAGCAGCAGCCUGGAGCUCCACAGGCCCCUCCUCCCCAGCAACAGUUCCAGAAUUUCCCCGCCCCCACCUCUCAGGCCGCCGCCCCCGGCCCCACCCCUGGCUUCAGCGGCCAAUCACAGGCUCCCCAGGGGGCGGGGCAGUACCCGGCCCCUCCGGGAGCCUUCCCCCCUCAGAACUACCCUUCCCAGGCUUCCCAGCAGCCGGCCAAUUACAGCCUGCCCCCCUCCUCCCAGCCUGCCCCGGUCUACCAGCCCCGCCCCGGGUACACCCCUCCCCCGGGCGCCACGGUUACCCCCCCACCGGGCAGCUCCAACCCCUAUGCCCGUAACCGCCCCCCCUACGGCACGGGCUACACCCAGCCGGGCCCCGGCUACCGGUAAAAGCCCCCGACACUCGACACACACACACUCCCGUGAUCUGAUGUUGUCAGCGGCACUCACGUCAACCCCCCCACCCCCGCCCUCGAUCCAGCCUUCAUAUCUGACCCUCUAGAAACACACACGAGCACACCUGUUAAUCU